AUGGCACUCCUUCAGCUGCUCUUCUUUGCCAUGCUGGCCGCUGCCCGUGGCUCCUCAGAGGAGCAGACAGACGGCAUCACCAUUGCCUACCAAGUAUUGGAGGUUUAUCCCCAAAGCCGGAGAGUGCUCAUAACCUGUGAUGCUCCUGAGGCACCCCGGCCCAUCACAUACUCUCUCCUGGCUAGCCGAGGUGUCCUGGUGGCAAAAAAGGUUGUGCAUGACUCCGCGCCGGCCUCCUUCAACAUCAAUAUCACGAUCAAGUCCAGCCCAGACCUGCUCACCUACUCCUGCCAGGCAGCCUCGAACUCGGGCACCUAUGGACCCAGCAGCAGGCUGCAGAUGUACCGGGAAUUGUGGGCUAAGCCAGUGUCUCAGCUGCAGGCCAACUUCGUCCUGCGCCACAGGGAGUCAGGCCCCACUGUGGAGCUGACCUGCCUGGCAUCCUCAGGCAGCCCCCCCAUCACCUACCGCUUGGUGGGGAACGGUGGGCGUGUUCUUGCACAGCAAAGGCCACUCCACGGAAAACCUGCCAACUUCUCCCUCCCGCUGUCCCAGACCUCCGACUGGUUCCAGUGCGAAGCUGAAAACAAUGUCGGUGUGGACAGCAGCGCCCGCAUCCCGCUGCCCCCAGCAGAGGCCCGAGCCAAGCUGGUGACCGCUCUCCCAGGGGAGCUGCCCCUGACACCCACCUGCAUUUUGGCUGGCAGCCUCGUCUCCAUAGCCGUUAUUGCUUCCAGGAUGCUGAGCUCGACCAGGUAA